AUGUCUUUUAACAACCACGCCGCUUACAGUCCGACCGCGAUGUCAUCUUCAACUGGACCUUCUGGCCUGCCAAACAGCCUCCUAUCGACAUCUAUAUCCUCUCUAGCUUCUUCUACCUCCUCACGGCAUCCUUCCCAGAUUUCGAAGACCUAUCGACAGGCUUCUACUUUAUUCCUCACGCGUCGUUUGCCCGAAGCUCUGACAACACUACUCCCCUUGAUUACUCCACCCGAACAUGUUGACGACGGCGAACCUGCGCCAGUUGCUCGGGCAUCAAGAACGACUCGCAUUAAGGUCUGGAGCCUGUAUCUUACCAUCCUUAAUGGUAUUGUCGAGUUAGAGCCUGAGGAGGGUAAGGAUGCUUUUGGAAACCAAGAAUGGAGAGCCUUGUGUACCAAAGUUCGCGAAGGAGAAAUAUGGGACGAGGUAGUCACGAAUGGUUACCAUGGAGUGGAGGGCGAUGUUGACUCCGACGUAGUCAUUAAUCUCGCGACAAUAUUGUUGGCACAUGCCCGUGACCAGAAGCUUAACCAGCACAAACUUGAGGCCUAUCUGGCCGCCUCCAACACACCAAAUCUUGAUGUUGCCGGGCGGCUCGCUGAAUCAACGAGCUCGCCUAUGUCGAACCGAUAUCGGUCUCCUGCGAAGGGGGCGAGUGGCGCCAACACACCUAGAGACCUAAAUGCUCGUGUGAAGAUUCUGGAGUUAUACACCCUCCAUGUUCUCUUACGCAACAACGAAUGGGAUUAUGCUCGUGAAUUCAUCAGCGUCAGCUCAGUCCUAGACGAAGAGCGCCGCGAAGCCUUCUUACAGGCAUUGCAAAGCCUCCACGACGAACAGCAAGAACAGGAAAGACUUGAGAAUGAGGAGCGCCAACGACAGGAGAAUGAGCUGAAGAGAGAAAUAGAGGAGGCGAAGAAGCUACGCGCCGAGAAUGAAGAGAAGGAAAGAAAGCGGAUAGAGGAGGAGCGUAUGAAGCGCGAAGGGAGCGAGGUUGAUUACGGGAUUGACGAUACAGCUAGCCAUGCUGGGUCAACUCGACCUCGGAAGGCCAGAGCUCCAUCAUCUUCGUCGUCGAGGCAGUCAAGGCCUCGAGGGACGAAUCAAGCAGGCCCCAAGGCAAAUGGCAAAGCAGUCUCGCAGGCCCCAACUCUUACAUCACGCGCUUCCAUGGUUAUCACACAACUGCGAACUAUUAUCGAACAUUUGGGCUCCUCACUGAACUCGAACCCAAUGUUCCUAUUCAAAUUUCUGGCGUUUGUUAUGGGUUUGAUUCUCAUGUUGAGUAACACCAACAUUCGGGAGAGAGUGAAGAGAAUGAUUGCGGUCUUUUGGUCCAAGGUCAAGGGCACAGCUGGAAUGGGGGUGAAGGUUUAUAAUCUUAGGGCAUCCGUCGCGAUCCUUUUCAAGGCGUGUACAUUCGAAACAGUAGAACGCGUCCGAGAUGCCUUCACCACCGCACACAACGCACUUAUUCUGAUAGUUGCCGAAACUACAUUCGUCACAGAUGCGCACGAGCGUCGUGGGCCGAACGUAGGAGUCGCAAACUGGGCAUUUGCCAUCGCACUUGUCACAGAGACGACCGAUGGCGAUACCGGCCUGUUUGCGGCACAUAACAAGAUCGCUGCGCGACAGCUCCGUGCCUUGGAUGAUACCAAAGCAGACCACGAGCAACAUAACGAUACACUGUCUGAGUAUGCACCGAAAAAAGACUCCAUGAAAAGAAAGGCUUCAAUAAACGCCGGCGAACUCUCCCCGAAACGAACGAAACAUGACGAAUAUUUCCGCGAAGCACCAAGCGAACCACGGAAGAGGAACUCAUCUACAAACCGCCACAAUUCAUAUGGGGAUUCUCCAGACAUCGACAUAGAUCGCCGUAAAAACGCGACGCAAGAAGAGAAGAGACGCGGGAAGCGGCUAUUCGGGGGUCUUCUCAGCACUCUGAGCCAGACAAGUGGCAGUGUGCAGCAGAAGCGCCGUUUGGAGAUAGAACGCAGACAACAGGACCGGUUACAAAAGCAGAAUAUUGAGGAAGAUAGGCUGCGUGAGGAGAAACGACUACGACUCACUGAGAUUCGAAGAGGCCAACAACUGACGUUUGAUGAGGAGGUUAUGCACAGCAAGCAUGCCAAAAUGCUUGCGAUGGCUCCGUACCUACGCACAAAAUCAAGGCCGCAUAUCCUCACAGCAGAACAAGAAGAUACGAUAGAUGAUCAGAUCCGGCAAACGAAGGUCACAAUAGAACACGAAGUUGGAAGUUUGAACGCUAGGAAAGGGCGACAGGCGAAAGGAGGAAGACAACCAUUAGAGACAACAGCGCCGUCAAGGGAGGACUUAGAUCACGACUCCGCCGACACGAAUGAGCCCGAAAAAUCGCCACAUGGUCAAGAGAAGCCGGUUCAGGCGUCUAAUCAUGACCAUCAUCACGAUGAGUCGGUAGAUGUAUUGGAGGAAGCUGAAGAAGAUGUGGUGAUUUACUGA